AUGAAUCGUCAUGGUUGUGUCAAUAGUGGUAACUCGUCACCGCCUGAAAAGUUAACCCAGCGAAAACUAUCACAGGGCUGUUCUCCAGAGUUGCUUCACUUACGAUCUUAUCGGCAUUUCCACCUACUUUGCCGGACGCAGCCAUCAAUUGCUGUUGCUGCCUAUGAAGGGAUGCAAGAUAUUAUGAAUGAAUGCAGGGAAAAAAUGCGCUUUGAGCCAUGGGACUGUUCCCAGAUCAACACAGUCCUUCAAGAUCCACCAGUUUUAAGAAUGGGUACAAAGGAAGCUGCAUAUCUGUGGGCCUUAUCGUCAGCUGGAGCUGCUUGGGGUAUUUCUAUGGCUUGUGCACAAGGAUGGUUGCAAGAUUGUGCGUGCAACACACAUGAUCAUGUGAAACAGAAUUGGGAAUGGGAUGGUUGCUCAUAUGGCGUUCAAUUUGGUAUUGUUACCUCUAGAAAAUUGUUAACUAGAAGCGCACCAACGCGAUCGCCAAUUCGCAAACUUGAAAAACAUAAUCUUAAAGCUGGCCGAAUAGCUAUCAAAAAAACAUUGGUAUCUUCAUGUAAAUGUCACGGCGUUAGUGGAAGUUGCGACCAAAAAACUUGCUGGAAAAAAGCUGCAGAAUUACCAAUAAUCGUCAAACAUUUGACGAAUAAAUUGCGCAGAGCUAGAAGAGUGAGUGACGAGAAAACCCGUGCUAAGAAUGCCGAAUUAAUAUUUAUGGAAGAUAGUCCGGAUCCAUGUUUGACGACUCGAACGACAAAUCGAGUUUGCAAUUGGCGAAAUGAAACGAACAGUAUGGGUGAUUGUUCAGUUUUAUGCUGUGGCCAAGGGUUCAAGUCGCCUUAA